CUGGCCGCGCAUGCGCAGUAGCCCGUCGGCGCUUCCUGCUCGGGGAAGACAUGGCCUCGCCUUGAGGAGGUGUGCAGGCGCAUCCCUGUGAGGAGACACGCGGGCGACACACGCGGUGGCAGGACACGGCCAUUAGACACUGGGGAGUAAAAAAGAACAAUGAAUGUGCUGAAGGAUAACAAGGACGUGGCCUGCUUUUUCACAACAAAGCAUUCAUGGCGGGGGAAGUACAAACGUGUACUCUCCGUGGGGACAUUGGGAGUCGCCACCUACAAUCCAACCACACUUGAAAUCACAAAUCAGUGGCCGUACAAUGAUAUAUGCAGCAUCUCUCCUGUUGGCAAGGGACAGGGUACUGAGUUUAACCUUACAUUCCGUAAAGGCAGUGGUAAGAAGUCGGAGACACUCAAGUUUUCCAGCGAGCACCGGACUGACUUGUUAACUGAAGCCCUCCAUUUUCGGACGGAGUUUGCGGAGGGUAAAAUAGUCGGAAGGCGGUACAACUGUUACAAACAGCACUGGAGCGACAUACGCAAGUCGGUGGUGCUGGAGGUGACGCCAGGUGGUGUAGACCAGAUCGACCUGGUGACGCACCGUGUGCUGUGCUCCUACGAUUACCGCGACAUCGAAGGCUUCACAGAGGUCUCGGACUACCCCGGGGGGUUCGCAAUCAUCUCCGGUGGAUUCAGCCGACUGCAUCUUUUUGCAUCCGAACAAAGGGACGAGCUGAUAAAAAGCGCCAUCGAACAUGCCGCCAACCACAUUGGCAUCGCACUGCGGCUCCGCAAGGAGGCCAUCACCUUUGAGCAGUUCCAAAACAACCGCCUGGGAAAGUUCAGCGCCGACGAUGCCAUCACCUCCCUGGCCGAGUUCAACGUGCAGAAGCUCACAAACCGGCAUUCGGAGCCACAAAGAAGGAUCCUUGCGCUUACGGAGAGCUGUGUGGUGGAGCGUGAUCCUGACACCUACAGCAUCGUCAAUGUCAAGCCUCUUGCCGAGGUGUUCUGCCUGGUGAGUGAUACCGAAAACCCUCAGCUCUUCACCAUUGAAUAUAUCAAGGGACAAAUUAGGAGAUACGCUUCAACAGAAAGGGACUCGCUGCUUGCCAGCAUGCUGGACGGCGUGCGUGCGUCUGGGAACCGUGACGUGUGCGUGAAAAUGCGGCUGACGGAGCGCGGUCAGCGCUGGGGUCUCAUGAGCACGCCCGUGGACGAGGAGGUGGAGAGCACGCACCUGCGCUUCCUCGCCUCGCCGCCCAAUGGAAACUUUGCUGAUGCUGUCUAUAGGUUCAAUGCCAAUGUUUCCUACAGUGGCCUUCUUCAUGCAGUUACACAAGAUAGCUUCUUUGCGGAGAAUAAGGAGAAGCUGAUAAACGGGGCCAUCACAGCCCUGCUGACACAUGAGGGUGACCAGAUGGCCACCAACCCAGAGUUGGAGAGCCAGUUCCAGGCCAUUCGCCGACUCGUCGCUUCCAAGGCCGGCUUCAUGGCGUUUACGCAGCUUCCAAAGUUCCGUGAAAAGUUGGGCGUCAAAGUGGUGAGGGCCCUCAAGAAAAACUGUGAUGGUGUGACUCAUGCAGCCAUUGAUAUGCUGUGCGCCCUCAUGUGUCCCAUGCACGAUGAUUAUGACCUCCGGCAGGAGCAAAUGAACAAGUGUUCCCUCCUCUCCUCCAAAAAGUUUCUCGAGAGCCUAUUGGAGAAAUUCAACACACACGUGGGGCACGGGACAGGAGCGCUGGUGAUCAGCUCUCUGCUGGACUUCUUGACGUUUGCGCUGUGUGCGCCCUACAGCGAGACCACAGACGGCCAGCAGUUUGACCUGCUGCUGGAGAUGGUAGCAGAUAUGGGCCGCACCCUCUUUAGGCUCUUCCAGCAUCCGUCGAUGGCCAUAGUGAAGGGGACUGGGCUGGUCAUGAAAGCCAUAAUUGAGGAGGGGGAUGAAGAAAUUGCCACAAAGAUGCAGGACCUGGCGCUCAGCGAGGGGGCCUUACCACGUCACCUGCACACCGCCAUGUUCACCAUCAGCACAGACCAGAGACUUCUCACCAACAGUAUUCGGCAGUUGAGCAGACACCUCGUUGCUCUUUGGACGUCGGGCAACCCUACUUCUUUAAACUUGAUGAAACGAAUACUGCCAUCUGGUUUGAUGGCGUGCCUCGACUCAGAAGAAAAAGUUUCAGACAAAGACAUCGACAGAAUGAAUGUCAGGGACAACCUGAAAAUCGCUUCAGACCAAUUCUUGAAGAUGAGCAAAGUUCCAGAGUGGCAACGGAUUGCAGGAAAGGCUGCCAAGGGGGUGGAGAAGUUUGCCAAAGAGAAGGUUGACUUUGUGCUCAUCCACUGGAGGGAUCGCAUGGGCAUCACCCAGAAGGAGGACAGAAAUAACCAGAAUGCCAACCAGAAACCUGUUGUCUUAAGGAAAAGGAGACAGAGAGUAAAGGUGGAAUCCAACUGGGAUUUGUUUUACUACAGGUUUAACCAGGACCAUGCGCGAUCUAACCUGAUCUGGAACUUCAAGACGAGGGAAGAGCUUAGAGAUGGCCUGGAGUCGGAGAUGAGAGCCUUCAAUGUUGACCGAGAGCUUGGUAGCAAUGUCACUAUAUCCUGGAACUACCAGGAGUUUGAGGUGCGGUACGACUGCUUAUCGGAUGAAAUUAAGAUCGGAGAUUACUAUCUCCGUCUGCUCUUAGAAGAGGAUGACAGCGAGGAAGCAGGAGCAAUAAAGCGAUCGUACGAGUUUUUCAACGAUCUCUACCACCGCUUCUUGCUCACGCCCAAGAUCAACAUGAAGUGCCUCUGUCUGCAAGCACUGGCCAUAGUGUAUGGCAAGUGCUACGAGGAGAUUGGACCUUUCAAUGACACAAAGUACAUUGUCGGCAUGCUUGAGAGGUGUACGGAUCGACUUGAAAGAGACCGACUGAUUCUCUUCCUUCAUAAGCUCAUCCUCAAUCAGAAAAAUGUGAAGGAGCUGAUGGAUGCCAAUGGAACGAGGAUUCUGGUCGACCUUUUAACCAUGGCUCAUCUUCACACGUCACGUGCGACUGUUCCCCUGCAGAGCAAUGUGAUCGAAGCGUCACCAGACAUGAAAAGGGAAAGUGAGAAGGAGUGGUAUUAUGGGAAUGCUGAGAAAGAAAGACUCGGACCAUAUGGAUUUGAUGAGAUGCAGGAACUGUGGCAGAGCGGAGUUCUGACGCCCAAGACGCGUUGCUGGGCCCAGGGCAUGGAUGGCUGGCGUCCUCUGCACUCCAUCCCACAGCUCAAGUGGUGCCUCAUGGCCACAGGGCAGGCAGUGCUCGACGAAAGCGAACUCGCCACCCUCGUACUCAAUAUGCUCAUCGCCAUGUGCCAUUACUUCCCCAGCAGAGACCAAGAUGAUGCCAUAAUUAGGCCCUUACCGAGAAUUAAGAGGUUGCUGUCAGAAAACAUCUGCUUGCCUCACAUUGUUCAACUGCUGCUGACCUUCGACCCGAUCCUGGUGGAGAAGGUGGCUGUGCUGUUGGGACUGGUGAUGCAGGACAAUCCUCAGCUUCCACGUCUCUACCUCACUGGGGUCUUCUUCUUCAUCAUGAUGUACACUGGCUCCAACCUCUUGCCCAUUGCCAGUUUUCUGAAGUACGCGCACAUCAAGCAGGCUUUCAGAUCUGAAGAGACAAAGGGCCAGGAGCUGGUGCAGCGCAGCAUUCUAGGCCACAUGCUGCCCGAGGCCAUGGUCUGCUAUCUGGAAAACUACCUGCCGGAAAAGUUUGCCGAGAUCUUUCUGGGGGAGUUUGACACGCCCGAGGCCAUCUGGAGCAAUGAAAUGCGGAGGCUGAUGAUAGAGAAGAUCUCGGCACACCUGGCGGACUUCUCCCCUCGGCUACAAAGCAACACCCGGGCGCUGUACCAGUAUUGCCCCAUCCCACUGAUCAGCUUCCCUCAGCUGGACAAUGAGCUCUUCUGCAACAUAUACUAUCUCAAGCACCUGUGUGACACCGUCCGCUUCCCGGACUGGCUGAUCAAACACCCCGUAAAGCUGUUGAAGGACACACUCGAUGCCUGGAAAAAGGAGGUAGAGAAGAAGCCCUCGGCCAUGUCCGUGGAUGACGCCUAUGAGGUGCUGCACCUGCCCAAGGGCCAGGGCGUACAUGAUGAAGCCAAGAUCAGGAAGGCGUACUUCCGGUUGGCCCAAAAAUACCAUCCAGACAAAAAUCCGGAGGGCAGGGACAUGUUCGAGAAAGUGAACAAGGCCUACGAGUUCCUGUGCAGCAAGUCGGCCAAAACAGUGGAUGGCCCUGACCCAGAGAACAUCAUCCUCAUUCUCAAGACGCAGAGCAUCCUCUACAACCGGCACAAAGAAGAGCUGCAGCCGUACAAGUACGCGGGGUACCCGAUGCUGAUCAAGACCCUAACAAUGGAGACCGAGGAUCAGCAACUCUUCUCGAAGCUCUCGCCUCUCUUGCCGGCCGCAACUGAGCUGGCCUUCCACACCGUCAAUUGCUCGGCCCUGAACGCUGAGGAGCUGCGAAGGGAGGAUGGCAUUGAGAUUCUUCAGGAGGCGCUCGCACGCUGUGUGGCUGUUCUCUCUCCAUCCAGUAAAGUUAAUGACAUGCCUGUUCAGGUGUGCGGCCACAUCUGCAGGUGUUACAGUGUGGCUGCACAGUUUGAAGACUGCCGGGAAAAGAUUGCCGAGCUUCCACCUAUCAUACGGGAUCUCUGCAGGGUACUCUUCUUUGGCAAGUACCUUCCUCGACUGGCUACAGUAGCGGUCGAGUGCGUGAGUGCCUUCGCCGUGGAUUAUUGGCUGCAGACGCACCUGCUCCAGGCCGGUGCUCUGUGGCAUCUUCUCGUCUACCUCUUCAAAUACGACUACACGCUGGAGGAGAGUGGUGUUGUGGCCAAUGAGGAAACCAACCAGCAGGAGGUAGCAAACAACCUUGCCAAGCUGAGCCUGCAGGCGUUGAGUAGGCUUGGGGGCUAUGCGGAGGGGGAGGGUGGCACGCCCGAGAACCCUGCCAUCAAGCGCUGCCUCAUGGCCAUGCUCACGCCCUACGUGGCCCGCAAGCUGGGUCAGGGUCCUUCAGCUGAGGUCCUCAAGCUUCUGAACAGCAACUCUGAGAACCCGUACUUGAUCUGGAACAAUGGUACUCGUGCAGAGCUCCUCGAGUUCCUGCAAAGUGAGCAGGACAGCAUGAUCAAGAAGGGUGAAUGUGACAAGUCAUAUGGCUCCGAGUUUGUGUUCAGUGACUAUGCCAAGGAGCUCAUUGUGGGGGAAAUAUUCGUACGAGUCUACAAUGAACAGCCCACAUACACUCUGGAGCUGCCGAAGGUGUUUGCCGCGAGCCUGCUCGACAGCCUGGGCUCACAGGCUCAGUACCUGCACACCCUCAUGGCCAUCAACCAAGACCGCAAGGUGGAGACGGAGCAGCAGCUGGAGCGGCUGAGCCGCGCUGAGAUGGGACUCGAGGCCCUUCGCAACGUCAUCAAGAACAACCCAGGCACGGAGUCUGAAUGCAUCGGCCACUUCAAGCUCAUCUUUUCUCUACUGCGAGUGCAGAGUGCUGGCUCCGUGCAGAAACUUGCGUUGGAGGUGAUUAAUAACGUAGCGAGCAACCAGGAAUGUGUGAACAGUAUUGCCGACUCGCUCGUGCUGGCCAAUCUGCUGCUGUUGCUGCAUUCCCUACUCUCCAGCCGUCAGCUCGUCCUAGAAACACUGUAUGCACUGACUUCCAAUACCAAGAUCAUCAAAGAAGCGAUGGCUAAAGGAGCUCUCAUCUAUCUUAUGGACUUGUUCUGCAACUCAACCAACCCUCAAAUUCGGUCCCAGACUGCUGAACUCUUUGCCAAAAUGACAUCCGAUCGGCUCAUUGGACCUAAGGUUCGAAUCAUCAUGUCCAAGUUCCUCCCAAGCGUGUUCAUGGACGCCAUGCGAGAUAGCCCAGAGGCAGCGGUGCACAUCUUCGAGGGCAUGCACGAGAACCCCGAACUCAUCUGGAAUGACAAUGCCCGCGAGCGCGUGUGCUCCACCGUGCGUGACAUGACGCUCGAGCACUACAAGGAGCAAUUUAACAAUCUGGAUGUAAACUGGAAGCUGCCGGAUGACUUCGCGGUGGCGUACAACGAGGUAGAGGACGAGCUGGUGGUGGGUGGAGUGUUCCUCCGCAUCUUCGUGGCGCAGCCCGGGUGGGUGUUGCGCAAGCCAAAGGAGUUCCUGGUGGCGCUCCUUGAGAAGCUCACGGAGCUGCUUUCCCGGAACAACCCACACGGUGAAACACUGGAAACGGUGACGACAGCAGCCGUGGCUCUGCUUAGCACCCAGCCCCAGCUUGCCGAGCAGCUGCCUCCCCUCGGCCACCUUCCCAAGCUACUGCUGGCGCUGAACCACCGCAAUAAUGCCAUCGCCAAGUCCGCCAUCCGCAUCGUUCACGUCAUCUCCGACAGCGAGCUGUGUGUUCGAGCCAUGGCAUCGCUGGACACCAUCGGACCUCUCAUCGUAGCCAUGCGCAGCCGCACAGACAUGGUUGGCUUGGCGUGUGAGGCGCUCAACAGAAUGUUUCAGAAGGACCAAACCGACCUCGUGGGCCAGGCCUUAAAGGCAGACCUGGUGCCAUACCUGCUGCGGUUGCUGGAGGGAAUAGGGCUCGAAAACACGGAGAAUCCAGCCGCCACCAAGGCCCAGGUGGUGAAGGCCCUCAAGGCGAUGACUCGCAGUCUUCAGUUCGGCGAGCAGAUCACUGAAAUCUUGUCUCGCUCCACUGUGUGGAGCGCCUACAAAGACCAAAAACAUGACCUCUUCAUCUCAGAAACGCAAACAGCUGGCUAUCUCACGGGUCCUGGAGUUGCUGGCUAUCUGACCGCAGGGACAGCCUCCACGAUGGCACCCAGCGCCCCACCCCCCAUUGACACGGAGAGUGGGGAUCACCUGGGAUGAUGUCAUGCAGCCACUCAUGCCAAGGAGGGGCAAGACUGGCAGCACCAUCUACACCAGCCUUGUUAUCUUGAUACACCCAUCAAACAUUUACACUUGUAUACACACAAACAUGCACUGAAGCACACUCACACUUUUACAGCCUCUUGUCAACUGAAGUGUUUUGGGAAAUGCUGUUAGCAAGUAACUUUUUUCGUAAGCUGUACAAUAAUGGAGUUGAUGGGGCCAGACACGCGCGCUGCUGCCUGGGUUACUGGCGAUUGCACACCAUGUCAAGUUGGAGAUGAUCUAGAAGAAGGGCUGCGCAAGAAACAAAUGGCAAUUGCUGCUGAAGUGCAUGGGCAGGGAUCAAACCAGGUAAAUUUAUAUUGCAGAGCAAUGUUGUAACGACCAUCAAGCUUCAUACACACCUAUAUACAUAUAAACGCACAACCACCAGGAUCGUAUGUGACCAUGCCAAGCCUAGCAGUACUGCAUUUCACUUUACAUGGAGCAAAGGAACAACCCACCCCUAUUCUCUAUAACACCAUCCCACGCUUUAAAACAUUGCAUUUAUGAGCCCACUCCCAAUGCACAUUGGAAUAUAGUUCCUCAAGCCACAUGCUGGACUCAGCGAUUACUCACACAGCUAAGAUAUGUAGUUUUAAUGUCGAGUUCUGUUACUGCAAUACAAAGUGGGCUGCAAACCACUAAAUAUAUUUAACAACGGUUAUGCGAACCUUUGGCACUCAUCUUCUGGAAGAGUCCUCUGGUCUCAAAGAGACCCAUUUAACCCACCAACCACAUAUAGACUCCAGAGCAUAACCAUGGCUUCUGCACAUAACUUAUCAUGUACGAGUGGUGGUGCGUCCACUGCUUCAGCUAACGCAAAGCAAACAGAAAUAUAAGUGAAGUUUAGGAGCUGAUCUGCCGUUUAGUGUGCCAUGAGAGUAAAUGCUGCACUUCCAGCAUGAGUUUGCCAUUGGUUUACAAUUUGUAGAAUAUUGCUUGUCUGCCCACAUUGUUUUGUGUGAAGGAGCCCAAACUUUACAGUCAUCAUGUGUGAUGAGCAACAAAUGCCUCUUGUGAUAACGAAAAAAUAAAAACUUGUUACUGCAUGAGCAGUUUACUGUCUUAAGGCAUCACUGGACUUUCAAUGGGAACCAUUGACAAGUGAUGUAAAAUUAAUUAAUGGAGGCCUCUUCACUCGUAGCAUGAGGUGAAGCGCUUGUAACAUUGCGUUUGUCAAUGAAUGAGUAGCAUUUAUAAAGGUGACCUUGUCCUGUCGUUUCAUCUGGUAUGGGUUUUAGCCCAGGGUAUUUGAAAUUACAGUCCUGCAAAAUGGAUGUAAUUGCAAUGACAUAGCCGCAAAGCAAGUUGUUUUGAUGCACCGCAAUUAUGUUCCAGUUAGUGACAAUGUGAAGGACCGUAAGCAUCUCAGAUUUAUCAACACGCUCGUUCGACUUAUCAUUGCGACGAAUGUUGGCCAUGGUUUGCGGGGGAGGGGGGGGGGGUGUACUGAAAUAAAUGGUGGUGGCACUGUUUACAUUAUGUAAUUUAUCAGCCCUAAACAGUACUGCAAUACAGGUUUCCCUCGCUUUAUGUGGGUUUGGUUUGUGCGAUUUCGCGAGUAUGCAGCGAAACCAAUUUCUACCCAAAAUAUACUGUGCGAUUUAAAUUCACUCAUACGGCUAUGCGGUCGGACGUGGGACUAUUGUGUAUUGUUUGCUCUACUCGGCAGGAAGCUGUCUUGCGGUUUUGCUUUUGUGUGCCCUUGUAACGCAUAUACCGCAUAAAUCGGUUGAAACCUGUACCACAAAAAAAACGCAGCAACCGUUAAACUCAUUAAUGAGUCAAAUUAAUAAAUAAAAUUUUACACUAACAUUACAUUUUAAAAAUAAAUUUCCACCUUGCUGCCAAAAUCAAAGCCCAUUUUUUAUGGUGUCAAGGCUUAUAUAAGCAUUAUACCAAUAUAAAAUACUGUGAUUAUAUCCAAACUUAGUGUCUUUGUACAAGCAUUUUGUGGAUUGAAAUUCGUGAUAAUGAGAAUUUGAAGAAUUAUAUUUGCAGGUCUGCCCACUACUUAAUUUAAAAGUGACUUCGUAAAAGGAUGCCAAUGUGUUGAUUUUAACUGUUACAAGAUAAAAUGCAGGACCGUGCAGAAUUAAAGAAGAGCCAAUUGCAUUUGUGUCUAAUAGAACUCACUGGUAAUAAAAGGAUAGCAUUAUAAUAAUGCAGUUAUACGAUUGUUAAUAAAGACAAGGCAAAAUUAUUUUUUCUUGUAUGUAUCAAAUAAUGAUUGGAAAAAGGUUUAUUUUUUUUUCUUUACCAACUGGUGCAAUUGUAGUGUCUUCAAUGUUAUGGUAUCCUGUAAAGAUUUAUAUCUGGAGAAAAUGGGAAUUCUGUUCCCCAUGUACAUACUUUGAUUUUAUGAAUAAACCUGCACUUAGAAUGGAA